CAGUCGAAGCCGCCAAAGACCACCAUGCCUACAACGCCAGAAUCACCCCCUUCGUCGUCAUCUCCUGCGCCGUCGCUGCCUCCGGCGGCAUCCUCUUCGGCUACGACCUCGGCAUCUCCGGUGGAGUGACUUCGAUGGAUCCCUUUUUGGAGAAAUUCUUCCCGGCAGUGCACGCGAACAUGAGCGGCGCCGGCGCGCACGCCAGCAACUACUGCAAAUUCGACAGCCAGUUGCUGACGGCGUUCACCUCGUCGCUCUACAUCGCUGGUUUCUUCUCCUCCCUCUGUGCGUCGCCGGUGACGCAGGCGCUCGGCCGCCGCGCCUCCAUGCUCCUUGGCGGCGCCUUCUUCACUGCUGGAGCGAUCCUCGGUGGCCUCGCCGCCGACGUGUACAUGCUCAUCUUGGGACGCGUCCUCCUCGGCGUCGGCCUAGGCUUCACCAACCAAUCCGUACCUCUGUAUCUAUCGGAAAUGGCUCCGCCGCAGCACCGCGGCGCCAUCAAUAACGCCUUCGAUCUCUUCGUCGGCCUUGGCGUCCUCUCCGCCAACCUCGUCAACUACGGCGUCAACAAGCUCCACGUGAACUGGGGCUGGCGACUCUCGCUUUCCGCCGCCCUCCUCCCCGCCGCCGUCCUUUCCCUCGGCGCCCUCUUCCUCCCCGACACUCCCAACAGCGUCCUGCUUCGCCGCCUCCAUAACAGCAACUCCUCUCCGGAAGAUUCCGCUCGAAUCCUCCUCCAAAAGAUCCGAGGAACCGCCGACGUCGAGGCCGAGCUCCAAGACAUGCUCGCUGCCGCUUCCUCUGCCUCCACGAAAUCUACUUCUUCGAUCUUGGCGAGGAAGUUCCGGCCACAGCUGGUGAUGGCGGUUCUCAUCCCGUUCUUCAAGCAGAUGACCGGCAUCAACGUCGUCGGCUUCUACGCGCCGGUGAUCUUUCGCACGAUCGGUCUCAGCGAAAGCUUCUCGCUCUUGUCCGCCGUCCUCACCGGAGUCAUCAGCACGGCCUUCAUCGCCGUCGGCAUGUUAAUCGUCGACCGGGUUGGCCGGCGAGUCCUGUUCGUCGUCGGCGGAGUGCUGAUGCUGGCGACGCACGUCGUGGUGGGCGGCGUCCUGUGGACGCAGCUGAAGGACCACGGCGCGAUGGACAGUGGGUACGCGUACUGGGUGCUGGGGUCCAUCUGCGUCUACGUGGCGGGUUUUGGGGUGUCAUGGGGCCCGCUGGGGUGGUUGGUGCCGAGCGAGAUAUUCACGCUGGAGGUGCGGUCGACGGGGCAGAGCGUGGUGGUGGCGGUGGGAAUGGCGGGGGCGGCGGUGAUGGGGCAGACGCUGCUGGCGAUGCUGUGCAGGAUGAGGGCGGGGGUGUUCUUCUUCUUCGCGGGGUGGCUGGCGGUGAUGACGGCGUUCGUGGUGGCGCUGGUGCCAGAGACGAAGGGAGUGCCGAUCGAGAGGAUGGAGGUGGUGUGGAGGGGGCACUGGUUUUGGAGGAAGAUGGUGGUGGAGGAGGAGAAGGAAGCACGGUGAGUUAAACUUGUUGAUUUAAAAUAAAGUACCACUGUAUCUGUUGGACCAACGCGGCGGUGGAAAGGAGGCGGUCUGAACCAGUACAAAGGAUCUGUCUUUAAUGUCCCUAUCUAUUUUACAAGUGUGAAUAAUUGACU